AUGAUUCAGAAUGAGAGUUUGGAGCGAGACUUUGUUGAUCGGGAGCAGGAGAGGGAGCUAGAGGUGUUGAAGGCAGAUUGUAGUUGGCUCCUCCAGUUUACUGGUGGCAUUAUUCACAUUUGCAAUGCUGCUUUUUUUGUCGGCGGGGAUUCGGGCAGGGCGAGUUUGAAAGCCCAGGUUGAUGCCGGAACAUACGAUCCUUCGGCUAACGACUCACGAUCUAGCCAUUCUUCAGCUUUGGAUGAUGCUUUACCGGCUUUCGCAACUAUGGAUUUCGCUGGAUUGCUUGGGUUAGGUCAUUUGGAUGUUGAUGGUGUUAAGGCGUUGUGUACAUUUGAGGAUGGUGAUGAAGGUGUGGGCGAGUUAGGUGUAGGGACAGGUGGCGGUGGUGUUGGUGGGAAUGGGAGUAAUGGUGCUGGUGGAAGUGGUGGUGGUGUUGUUGGUAGCCGUGGUGGUGAUGGCGUUGGUAAAAGUGGUGGUGGUGGCGUUGGUGGGCACGGCGGUGAUGGCAUUGGUGGGCGCAGCGGUGGUGGCAUUGGUGGGAGCGGCGGUGGUGGUGCUGGUGAAGUUGUUUAG